CUAUUUGCUGUCCUGCCUUUAGGUUUCACUUUCUUUUCUAUGUAAAGGAACCCGUCUCUGUCCAGUUGUCUUAUCAUUCGCCACGUCCAGAAUUUCACACAGCGGUAAAAUGGAGAAACCAUUUGGAAAACCAGCCAGUAUUAGUGGCUUUUCAUUUGGCACACGCGCACUCGUCACAGCUCCAAUUACUUCAUCCCAACCCACUGUUGGAACGGCAGCAGAAGAUGCUGUCAGUGCCUCCAUAUUCGCCAGCUCAACAGAGAGAGAGGAGAACAGACCUUUGUUUAUAUUCCCAGAAAAAAUAAGAAUAGCAGCAGCAGUGGGCAUCAAGCAGGACCAAGGCAGCAGGUGCAACCACAACCCACAAUCCAGGAGCAACCGCAAUCCAUGGAGAGCUGUGAGACGAGAAAGCACGAAGACUGUGGAGAAGAAGCCAAGAGCUCAAGGAACAUUGGAAUCUCCAUGGAGAGACGUGGAGUGGACAGAAGAGCAGAGGACAAGCCUGAUGAAGACUGUCAGCUCCUACAGGCAGAGCUGUGACGAGGGGACUCAGGCUCGGGUUCUCCUCCUGGGCCCGGUCGGCUCUGGAAAGUCCAGCUUUGUCAGUUCAGUCCAGUCAGUGUUUAAUGGAAGAGUCACCAACCGGGCCAUGGUGGGCUCCUCUUCGACCAGCUUCACCAAGAAGCUGCAGUCCUUCAACAUCCAUGGUCAGAAGGGAGAGGAUCCUACUGGACUGGUGCUGUGCGAUAUUGUUGGACUGGGGGGUGAAGAGAUGGCCGGACUGACCCUCCAUGACAUCCUGUCUGUCAUUAAAGGUCAUGUACCUGAGGGACACAAGUUUAGCCCAGAUCAGCCAGUGAGGUCUGAGACUGUGGGCUAUGUGAAGAGGCCAAGCCUCAAAGACAAGAUCCAUUGUGUGGCCUUUGUGGUGGACGCCUCUAAAAUCCUGACCUACUCCAAACGCUUCAGCAUCACCUUCCAGCAUCUCCGAGAGCACAUCAGUGACCUGGGUGUCCACCAGGUGGCUCUGCUGACCCACAUAGACAAAAUAUGUCGAGAAACAGCCAAAGAUGUCACUCAGGUUUACAAGAGCCACAUCAUUCGCGACACGAUGAGUAAAGCAGGAGAUCUGUUGGGUAUGUCCACCUCCUACAUCGUCCCAGUGAAGAACUACUCGUCAGAGCUGGACCUGGACCAGGACACUGACGUGCUUCUGCUUAGUGCUGUCGACCACAUCCUGCAGUAUGCUGACCUGUAUUUCCAGGACAAUACACCACAAGAUGCAGGGCCAAAGAUAACACAUCAGCUGCCCUCUAUGAACUCCAUGCUAACCAGGAGCCAGCAGAAAACAAUCUGCUCCCAGCUGGGGAGAGUGAAACUACGGCUGCUGUACAAGGCCAGCAUCCAUGGUUUCACCGGCGCAGCCUUCCACCAACAAUGUGACCAGCGUGGUCCCACAGUGUCUGUGGGCUAUAACGCCUCCGGUUAUGUGUUUGGAGGCUACACCCAACAACCCUUCACUCAGUCUGGACAGUACGUGCAUGAUGACCAGGCCUUUCUUUUCACCUUCAGAGGAGAAAGGCUCCUCAAAUAUCCAGUUACUGGCCCCGCUAAUGCAGUGAGAAUGAUAGCCAACUCUGGUCCAUAUUUUGGAGAAGCGUUGGUUCUUGUUAAUGGAAGCAAAGCAGUUGUCUAUAGCAAUCCAGGAAGUUAUUACAACUUCAAUGCUGCAGAAAUGCAUGGCAACGACCUGAACCUGACUGAGUGUGAAGUCUAUGAAGUCGAGGAAACCACAGAACUUGAGAGGCCAUGGAGGACUAUAAACUGGGAAUCUCAGAACAAGAAGGAGCUGAUGGAGAGUAUUAAAAUGUACAAACCCACAGUCAGCUCUGUGUCCCAGGCUCGGGUUCUGCUCAUUGGACCAGUUGGAGCUGGAAAGUCCAGUUUCUUCAAUUCUUUCAACUCUGUAUUCAGAGGCCACGUCACCAGUCAGGCCAUCGCUGGCUCCUCUACCACCAGCCUCACAACACAGUUUCGCACCUUCUCAGUGAAAGCUGGGCGAGAUGGGAAAUCUCUGCCAAUCAUCUUGUGUGAUACCAUGGGACUGGAGGAAAGCAGAGCGGCGGGGCUUGAGAUCGAUGACAUCAGCAGCAUCCUUAAAGGUCAUCUGCCAGACCGUUACCAGUUCAACCCCUCUGCUCCUCUGUAUUCGGAGGCCCACGGCUAUCGUAAGUCUCCAAGGCUCAAGGACAAGAUCCACUGUGUGGUCUAUGUCGUUGAUGCCUGCAAGGUCUCAAUCAUGCCCACAAAAUUGGAGGAGAAGCUGGAUGCUGUCCGCAGAAAGGUCAACUUAAUGGGAAUUCCUCAGCUGGUCCUGCUCACUAAAGUAGAUGAAGCCUGCCCUUUGGUGAAAGAGGACGUGAAAAACAUUUACAAGAGUGGCUACAUCAAGGAAAUAAUGCAGGAGGUCAGCGCUCAGCUCGGUGUGCCAGUGUCCUGUGUUGUGCCAGUGAAGAACUACUGCGAGGAGCUGGAGUUGGACCUGAGCUGCGACGUCCUGCUGCUCAGUGCUGUCAUGCAGAUGCUUCGCUUCGCAGACAAUUACUUUGAUGAGAUCAGUGACCAACUCAGCAGCACCGAAGUCAAGGAAUAGGAAGUACCUGUGCAGCAGAUGUUUAUAUCUUGUCCAACUGUAAUGAAAUGUCCAUCACAAUAAUCCAUUCAUUUACCUGCAGGUGAUGCUGCAUUGUAGAGUUCACUGUGAAUUUCCUCCCCUGAGUUCUCCAAGCACCCCUUGGAAUGCUGGGAGAUGUAGUGCCUCCAGAAUAACCUCAUUUUGACCGUGUCCCUCAGCUGUGAAAUGUUCAAUUUCCUUUCUGAUCUGGCUGUAAAUUCUUUACAAAUAACAAUAACUCAUACAUUUAAAAGUUAUUAUGACAGUGUCGGCUGAUUUACUGGGACAUUUAAUCACAAGUUUGACAAGCAAAGACAUUAUCAGAUAUUACUGCAAGUAUUAAAAUAUAUUCUUUACUGCAUGAUGACGUUAUUCACCUUUGCUUCAUUAUCUUUGUGUCAUGUUACUGAAGCUGAAGUCACAGUCAGCUGGUUCAGAGCAGUUUAUCAGAGCUCAUCUGCAUUGCUUCCUGUAGUCUGAUUUGUGUUCAGCUGCUAGGUGCGCACAUGGUGCUGUGCAAUGCAGUGAAAAAAACCUCAGUUAAUUAAUCAAUAGAAGAAAAUACAAUAAAAUUGUCAGUCAUGGAUGAUUGAAAUUGACCACUUGGGUUUAAUUCAGUUGUAGCUGAUGGUUAGGCCUAUACACUCUGCAAUUUGGUGUUUUGACGUAUGGUAACUUUUCAUGAGACUUGUUUUUUAGGAAUUUCCAGUUUGAUUUUCCAAUUCCCUCAUGAAUAUUUUAUGUUUUUGUCAAGAAAACAAUUUUCUAGUCUCUCAGAUGUUCCUUCUGUCAGAUAUAAUCGUGCUUAUUGUUAUUUUGCAUGACAUAUUCAGCCUGUGCUUCAAGUUGUAAACUCACUGAUAUUAAAAGCUCUUGCUGGCCAGA